CUCCGCCCAACUCCCUCACUUCCGUAUCUUAUGAACUCUCUCGUCACAUCUCCCAAGCUUGACCGCCCAAAGUCGUUGCUUGUCGUUCUCGAUCUGAAUGGUGUUCUGGCAUUUCGCAAGAAGAAGAGCAGAGGUUACAAGCCUAGACCCAACCUCGACACUUUUCUCGAUUAUCUAUUUUCCAACCACUAUGUCAUGAUCUGGUCGAGCGGCAUGCCCGAGAAUGUCGAACGUAUCAUGGGACACAUGCUCUCCUACGAACGACAACAAAAGCUCGUAGCAAUUUGGUCACGCGACAAGCUUCGCCUACCUGCCCAUCUGUUUUCUGAAAAAGUCCAGGUUUACAAGCAACUAAGCUGGAUUUGGGAGGAUCCAACUCUACAGAUGAAUGCACCGCUGGGAGGCUGGAGCCAGCGAGAUACAGUAUUGGUUGACGACUCGAUUGACAAAGCAGCUGCUGAACCUCACAACUUGAUCGAGGUGGACGAGUUUACCAACAGUGCUGCUCAACACGAGAAUACAACUCUACUGGAUGUCAUCUCAUAUCUGGAGACUAUUCGCUGGUACGAUAACGUCAGUGCCGAGAUACGUGCUGCUCCAUUUCUUGCACCUAAGGCUUGA